AUGAAUCAGGCAUACGUACUCAUACCAGCUAUUAUACCUCCUGAGGAAAGGCGCAAUGACUCAGUCUGUUUUUUCCUCAGUUCACUCAACCCCGACCUGUCCCACCUUGCCCCAUUCCUAGAGGUCACUGGCCUCAAGAGUGGUACCGAGUUUUGGGCGAUGGGGACAUGGAGGUUCAAGCGCAUUUGUCAAUUCAUCGACUCCAUUUGCAAGGAACAUCCGGAAGUAAAGCAAUUCGCCGCAGAUGUUAUCACGCUGGAGAUUACAAGCCUGGGUGCUCCACGCCCCCCUAUGCCUAUGGAUACAUUCUAA